AGUCUCAGUGCAGUCUGAUAUCUAGCGCUGUGGCCAGCUGUCGCACUCGGCACUGCUCCACCAUACGCACGUAGCCACAUCCUCACAGAGCGCAUCCAGCAAUCCGUCCCCAUCCAACCACCCUUUCACUGGUAGUCAUCAAGGCAGACCCGGUGGAGACGCCUACUUUCAUUCACUCUCCAAACUGGACACAAGAAUCUCGAUCGCUCUAACGAAUAGCAUAACUCCAGCCUCUACCAGCAGCAGUACCAUGGCAACCAAGAGACCAGGGGACAGGACCUCUUCAGGACCACAGUCAUGUCCCUCUACAGCAGUAAGACCCACAGACAGCAGGCAGCCUGGAGCAGAGACACAGGAGACACUGGUGUACAUGCAGUGCUGUGGGCAGGAAGCCCCUAACUUGACAGAGAGGAACAGUCAUAGGAAAAUCAUGGAUAGAAACCAUCAGGGCCCAGUCUUCGUGCCCCAGGGGAGGACUGAGAGGGUCUGGACCCACCCCCCGGCUCCCCAGCAGACUACAACUCCCACAAUACCCUCCUGCCCUGUGUCUGCCCCUUACAGUUUCUGGAGCCCAGGGUCGGUGGAGAUGGAUGAGAUCAUGGCAGCCAUGGUUCUGACCAGUCUGUCCUGCAGCUCUGUGGUCCAGAGCUCUCCUCAGAGUCAGAAUGACUCUUUACCAGGUUCAUCAUCAGGGGGCGGAGACAUGGAGUGUGGGGGCGGGGAGCUUUCGGACAGCGGCAGCAGUGGCUACUGGAGCUGGGACCAUGGCAACGUUAGUCCCGCUCUGUCCCCUUCUGUCGCCGAGAUGGACAGCAGCCCAGAUGAAGGACUGCAUAUGGAGCUGGAGCAGGGGGGUGAGCUACAUACAGCCGCAAGGUCAAAGAGUUCUUUCAGAGGAGCGUACAGGUGUCUGUGGCCCAGCUGUGGCAAGGUGCUCACGUCUUCAGUUGGGAUGAAGAGACAUGUCCGUGUGCUGCACCUGGGCAGUGGAUCGGAGCAGUCCCCAAGAGAGGAGGACUUCUACUACACAAAGAUCUCCUGCGAAGCUCCAGCAGACCCCUCUCCCGUCUCCCCUCAUCCCCCAGACCCCUCUCCCGUCUCCCCUCUUCCCCCAGCCCACCUCCCGGCUUCGUCCCCUCACGUCCCCUGGGGGUCCUGUGGCUCCCCUCUAAGCCCUGAUCCAGAUUCCGGUCUCCAGAUCACCUCCUCAGGGUCAGGGAGCUCCAGGCCCAGCUCAGGCCCAGAGUCAGCCCCAUACCAGCACAGACCUCUCAGCCAGUCUGCCCCCAGCUCCUCCUGGCAGAUACAGACAGACCAUCUCUAUCAGGCCUGCGCUCCCCUCCAGGUGACCAUGUCCUCCUGCAGCCCCUCCCCCUGUUGUUGGACCCCUCCCCCUCUCACCGUCUCUAACCAGCACAGCCAUCACAACACCCAGGUGAUGACAGGUCGCUGCAGGUCUGUGAGUGUGGGAGAACAGUGGCUUCAACAGAGCAGUGCCACCAACAGGCUAACCACCUUGAGAGCAGCCUCCCCGUCACUCACUCACUGCUCCUUCAGGAAGGGGCGAGGGGAGGCUAAGAAGUGUCGUAAGGUGUACGGAGUGGAGCGCAAGGAGCAGUGGUGCACGGCCUGUCGCUGGAAGAAAGCAUGCCAGCGCUUCCCAGACUAAACGAGUGUGUGAACGAAGGAUGAUGAAAGAAAGAGACUAAAACAGACAGGACACGAUCAGGAUCAGGGCCUGUGGGCCAUCAACAACUUCCUUUUUUUAUACCUUGUUUAUUUUCCCCUCAAGGAAUAAAGUUCUGUUUUUUUAUACGUUGACCUGAGAAGUAAGUCAGUGUGCGACGGUGGUGCUAGUAGCUAGUAGGUUAGACUGUGUUAUGUGGUAGGCCUACGAUGCUCUUCCGUCCCAGACCUGUUUCUGCUGUGUAGCAUGGCAACAACCGUAGGAGUUAGCUAUACACAGGGAUGGAACUUUUGGGCACUGGCUAGUUGCCCUGGGUAACAUUUGGGUCCAAAGUAUGCGCCAUACAAUAUUUCUAAGAACAAACUUUGACUGGCCUGGUGUGAUCUGAACAGUACUAGCGGGCUAGCUUCAUAUCCAUCUAGCCUGGUCUGAACAGUACUAGCGGGCUUGCUUCAUAUCCUACUAGCCUGGUCUGAACAGUACUAGCGGGCUAGCUUCAUAUCCAUCUAGCCUGGUCUGAAUAGUACUAGCGGGCUUGCUUCAUAUCCUACUAGCCUGGUCUGAACAGUACUAGCGGGCUAGCUUCAUAUCCUACUAGCCUGGUCUGAACAGUACUAGCAGGCUAGCUUCAUAUCCAUCUAGCCUGGUCUGAACAGUACUAGCGGGCUUGCUUCAUAUCCUACUAGCCUGGUCUGAACAGUACUAGCGGGCUAGCUUCAUAUCCAUCCCUGGUUGUACUCUUGAACAAGGCACUUAACCCUUAACUGCUCUCCAUCCAGGAUUCUUCUUCUUCUGUACAGCAAACCGAUCUGUCCCCAGGUUCCUUCCACCUUCCACUGAGCAUCUCUCCUCACCUUCCACUGAACAUCUCUCCUCACCUUCCACUGAGAGCAUCUCUCCUCACCUUCCACUGAGAGCAUCUCUCCUCACCUUCCACUGAGAGCAUCUCUCCUCACCUUCCACUGAGAGCAUCUCUCCUCACCUUCCACUGAGAGCAUCUCUCCUCACCUUCCACUGAGAGCAUCUCUCCUCACCUUCCACUGAGCAUCUUUCCUCACCUUCCACUGAGAGCAUCUCUCCUCACCUUCCACUGAGAGCAUUUCUCCUCACCUUCCACUGAGAGUAUUUCUCCUCACCUUCCACUGAGAAAAUGUAUUCUCACCUUCCACUGAGCAUCUCUCCUCACCUUCCACUGAGCAUUUAUCCUCACCUUCCACUGAGAGCAUUUCUACUCACCUUCCACUGAGAACAUUUAUCCUCACCUUCCACUGAGAGCAUCUAUCCUCACCUUCCACUGAGAGCAUUUCUCCUCACCUUCCACUGAGAACAUUUCUCCUCACCUUCCACUGAGAGCAUCUAUCCUCACCUUCCACUGAGAGCAUUUCUCCUCACCUUCCACUGAGAACAUUUCUCCUCACCUUCCACUGAGAACAUUUCACCUCACCUUCCACUGAGAGCAUCUAUCCUCACCUUCCACUGAGAACAUUUUUCCUCACCUUCCACUGUGUGUUUUUUCUCUUCUUCUUCAACAUUUCAUUCUUUCCUGUGGUCUCUACGGAGGUAAUGGAAACCUGUUACUUCUACAUGGUGUGCUAUCUAUGAGUUCUUCCUUUGGACUAUUUUGUGUUUGUGUCUCUUUUUAAAUGAUUGUCUUUCUGUCCCGCCUGAGAGGUAGGCAGAUGUUUAUGUUAUGUUUUGGCACAUUUUAUGGAAAUGUAUUUUACAAGGAUAAUGAUAAAUAAGCUACAUUUGG